GAAGGACCUGGCCACCAAAUUCCAAAAAGAUUGGCUGUGAAAACCCUCUGAAUAGCAGUGGAGCCUUGUCUGAUAUAGUGCCAGAAGGGGAGAGGAUACUGCAAAAAAGACCGGGCAGAGUUCCACUCUGCUGUCCACAGGGACGCUAGGAGUCUGAAUCCACUCGAGGGCACUAACAACAAUAUGGCACCUAGCGUUUAUUGAACAUUUGCUGUGAGCCAAACUCUGUGCUAACCCUCUCUAGUCUUUUCUCAUGUACGCUCUUAACAACCUAUGAAGCUAUCUCACACCUGAGGAAACUGAGGUUUAGAGAGUCUGGGCAACGUGUCCAAGUCCACACUUGAUGUGGAGAGCUGACCCACCGCAGCCCCCAACCUUUUACAACUAGAGCCUUUGAAAUGUGCAGAGGAUGUCCCAGUUUGCCUAGGAACUGACAUAAUCAGGGCUUUAGAGGCCCUCCCAUCCUCACUCUCUGGAUGCUGACUCUGGCAUCCCUGCUCCACAGAGUGGUCCCCACCUCUCCCUCUGUUUUAAAGAAGAGUGGUCUCUGUGGCCACAAAGGUCAGAAGCCAAAGGACGGAGGCUUUCUUCUCUGAUGGCCAGAACCUUGGCAGAGAAAGCUAUUUCCUUGCCUGAGAAUCAGAGACUGGGGAAAGCUGAGUAGUGAGGAGCUUCCAGGAAGGGUGGAAAGAGUACUAAGUUCCAGAAGGCUUGGGUUCCAGGCCCUGCUCUACUUUCUAUUUCCAACUGGCUGUGUGAUCUUGGACAAGUCCCUUCUCUCGUCUGGGCCUCAGUUUCCCUCCUGUACAACGGGAGGAUUCUUCUUGAUGACCUAAUAAUAAUAAUCUCUUUCCUUCCCCCAGCCUGCCCUUAUCCCUCCUUGCACCACCCCCUGCCCAACUGGCUCUGACAUUCCAGAAGCAGCCUUGAACUGACCUUGAAAGUCUCAGGAGUCACAACCCCUCUCUGGGUUUCCUCCUGAGCUCUGGGCCCUGGGCACUAGGUCCUGAUAGGGUAUCUGGCCUUGGCAGGUUGGAGCCAUCACAGGAGAGAAAGACCCUGAGCCUCUGAGGAAGGCCUCAGGGGGACCUGCAUUGUGAUGACCUCAUCGACUCUAUGCCAUCAUCUUCUCUCCCACCCUUCACUCCUGCCUGACCAGCUGCACUGCAAACAACCAUCAGUCUCAAUCCCAAUGGCCUGAGGUGGUCUGUUCUUCAAUGCCUGCUGCUGAUCUUCUGUCUCAGCCAGUAAGAAGCACCAUAAAAUUAAUACUCACUGAGAAAAACUGUGACAGCUUCAUGCUAUAGAAACCGAACUAACAGAGGAAACUCAAAGAGUUCUGGGACAUGGCCCUGACUGUGAACCACCAUGACUUCUUUGCACAUCAAAACUUGUUGCCUGCUGUCUCUUCAAUAGUGAAGAAUGUCUUCUCUGGCAAUGAUGUGAACACCAGCAGUGAGCUUUCUUUCACCCUUGACCCCAACUACCUGAGUCCGGCCACAGUGGACCAGGUCCUGGACUACUUCUCCAGUGGCAAGGUGGUGAUCUUGGAGCAGAACGUGGAGGAGCUCCUUCGUGGGGCCCACUAUUUCAACACAGUGUGCCUUGAAAUCCACUGCAGUGACUACCUGAUUAAGACCUUCCGCCAUGCCAGCUGCUUGCGCUACCUCGUCUUGGCUGAGUUGUUUGGGCUCAAAGAGGUAUCAAACUUGGCCUUUACUGGUAUUUGCAACAACUUCCACUACUGGGCCAGUCCUGAGAGCUUCAUGCGCUGUCGACUUGUCAUCUUUGGCACUUGCUUAAAGAUGAAAACUUGCGUGUGCGCAUUGAGGACCAGGCUCUUAGUGCACUCCUACAUUGGGUGUACUUCCAGAACGAUGAGCAGGAGAAGUAUUUCAAGAAGUUCUUCUAUUACAUCAAUCUCAAUGCCGUCUCCAACAAGACACUGAUGUUUGCCAGCAACCAGUUGAUGGACAUGGAGAACAGCUCAGCCCACACAUCCCUGAUUGAGAGUGUCCUUGUGGAACGACAGCAGGACAGGCCAUCCAGCCUGCUGAGCUACCAGUGGAAAGGGGCCCUGCUUGAUUCGGUGGUCAUCCUUGGUGGCCAAAAGGCCCAGGGCCAGUUCAACGAUGGAGUGUUUGCCUAUGUCAUCCAGGAGAACCUGUGGUUGAAGCUCUCAGAGGUCCCCUAUCAGGCAGCAGCACUCAGUGCCACCUCUACUGUUUGCUACAUCUACAUGUCUGGUGGCACCAAUGAGCAGAUUACAGGGCUGAAGAUGGCUUGGCGGUAUGACAUGGAUGACAACUCCUGGACCAAGGUGCCUGACCUGCCAAUUGGGCUUGUCUUCCACACCAUGGUGACCUGUGGGGGGACAGUGUACUCAGUGGGUGGGAGCAUUGCCCCAAGGCGGUAUGUCUCUAACAUCUGUUUUUAUGAUGAGCGCAAGGAGGCCUGGUGCCUGGCAGGGAAGAUGAGCAUCCCUAUGGAUGCCACAGCUGUGAUCACCAAGGGUGACCAGAACCUGUACAUGGUCACUGGGCGAUGCUUGGUGAAGGGCACCAUCUCCUGAGUCGCGAUAGUGGAUUGCUUUGAUACCAAUACUGGGGAGGUGGUCCAGAGUAUCAUCUUCCCCAUCAAGUUCAACCACCGGCCCCUGCUCUCUUUCAGUCAGGACAACAUCCUCUGCAUGCACAGCCACCAUUAGAGCGUGGAAAUCAACCUACAGAAAAUCAAGGCCAACAAGAGGACCACAUCAGUACCUCUCUUGCCCAAGAACUGCCCCCUGGAUGUGUCCCAUGCUAUAUCCUCCAUUGGAGACAGCAGGGUGUUUGUAGGUGGGGGUGUCACAACAGCCAGUGAUGUGCAGAAAAGGGACUGCACCAUCAAUCCAAACGCCUACUUGCUGGACCGAAAGACAGGCAACUGGAAGACCCUGGGCCCCCCACCAGAGCCACUGGACUGUCCCAACUGCUGUCUAGUCAAGCUACCUUGAAAGAUUCUUCAAAGGAAUUAAACCACUUUUAGUUGGGAGAAUAAUUAGAUGCAUCAUUAUCCACAAUUUAAUGAGAGAGAGAAGGAGAGGAAGAUGGCCUGUGGGUUCCUUCUUAGUGUUCCUGUCUGUGUUUGGCCCUGAAGGGGAGAUCCUGGGCUAGGGCUGCUCUCACUGGAGGGAUCCAAGCUGAGGUGGAAUGGAGUUCCUGGUGGGGGGGACUGAGGCAUCUCCCAGGCACUGGCCAGGGUGGUGUCUGGAAACCCCCUGUUCUGUUCCCUGCAGUCACCUGGCAGGCAUGUGGUAGACUGACAGGUGAAGCAGUUCUUAGAGCUGUGAGGCCUCAGGCUCCUCCAACACUCACUUCCCUCGAGUCUGCCCGGGAAGGCAGGUGGGCCAAGGCCAGGUCUGGGAGAGGAGCCUCCUGGCUGGGAAGGGAGAAGGUGGUGUGGGCCAGGCUCAGGGAUGAGGCAGAGGGAACCGGGGAGGCAGGGUCACUUGGUUGUUGUAUUCGACCAUGCAGCUGUGAUGUGUUUGUGACUCAUUUGUGGGGUACUUGGGGGGUUACUUAACACUUGUUUCCAGAGAGCAAGGUUCAUGGAGAACUUUCUCCAGGAAUGUGAGUCUGAGGGACUGGAGGUGAUCGAGAGGUCAUCAAGGGAGAGAAAAGAAACCUAUGUCUCUAUUGGAGAGCAGCUUGGGGAUGAGGCGAAAUGAUGGGAUAAGAGAGACAGGGCAGUGUAGUAGUUAGGGGUUGGAUGCUGGGGACA